AUGUAUGUGCACAAAUUACUUAGGUGCCCAAAUCAUGGGCUUGCUUUUGGGAGCUUUGCAUUCCCAGUCCUGUCACGGACAUCAAUCGUGACCCACGCAAAACGGAAAGGCGUCGGCAAGGGGCUCCGGGAGCUGCAGCAGCUCGCUUCGCCGUUGAGUGCCAACACCACUAGCACCACAAGCAGUAGCAGCAUCGUGAGCAACAACAGCACCACUAGCAGCAGUAGCAGUGGACCAUUUGAUAGUCUCCUGGUUCGGAUUUUAGCGUCUGUGGCAGCGAUUAUGGCGGUGAUUAGCGUUUUCUACAGCAUCGUGUUUUACGGCGCAUCAAAUGCCGUGUACUUUUUUAAGGACCAGCUGGCGGUCAUUACGAAGAAGGACUUUGUGCCGUACUCGGAGAGACGCCGGUUGGAGCAGGUUGAGGUAUUGGCUAAGCUGGAGGCGGAACAAGCUGAGCGGUUGAAGGCGCGGGAAGCAGGCGGUGAGGCGGCGGUGGUGGCGGGAGAGGAGGGAGCUCCGGAACCAUCGAGGGACAGCAUCACCGCCACCACGGCAGCAGCAGCAGGUGGAGGAGUGACAGGGGCAGCUGCCGGGGUGGAGGAAGAUGCCAGCAGCUCGGCCGAGCUGCUCAACCUGCUUCCGAGCAGCAGCGGCAGCCGGAGGAAAUGA